AUGGGCAAACGCGGAAAAGGGAAUAAUAUCAAUCAGUCAACUAUUAAAGUGAAUCGGAAAAAGACUAAGACUUUGGCUUGGGAUCGACCACCACAGAGGGUUUGGGCUAUCUUAGACAUUGAUGUUACUGGAGGUGCAAUUUCUGCCGUUAAUGACCCGGGGACAUUUUUGGUAUCAUCAUCGGUGAUGAGGAGCAUCAGAUCGAUCGCCUUCUCUAAUUCACUACCAGAGUCUUCUGCAGCAGGUCUACAUAGAAACGAGUACUCAACUCAGCUAGGUCCUGAUCGGAUUGAUUCUUGCUUGACAGCCACUGGCGCGUCGUCGUACAACUUUGAGCUGCUUCCAAUACGUUACAAUUAUUUGCAUGAAACACACACGAUACCGUUUGUUGCUGCUGGGAUUUCCCGAAAAACGCUUUCAAGCGUCGGAGCCGAUCAAGCGCAGAGAGCUCAUGGACGGUUGCAUUCCUCUGAAAAGCACGCUACUGUUGUUCUUUCUGUCGACGUCGAUGCUUCUUCCGGUGUUGCGCUCGUGAUUCCAAAGAAGCCGCCACCGCUAGUAGAGACAGAAGUCAGCCGUGGCCGGCUGAAAUGGUUUAUGGCCGAUGAAAACUUUACUAUACAAG